AUGCCACCUUCGACAACCCUCCUCAAAUCUGGGCUCGGCUCUGGCGAGGCCUGCCUCUACGUGCACGUCGCAAUCGCGUCCAUGGCACUCGUACCACUCCGCUUGACCAGCGACUCGCAAUGCCUUCACUCUCAACCUGCCAACUACCUGCUUUCGACUGAGAGCAGGCAGGUGUAG